AAUACUCUGAGUUUUCGGAUAACCGUCAUCAGUGCAUCGAGAAGAACACCGAGUGCAACACGUGUUCUUUGCGUACUUAUACCUAUAUCUAUACACGAUAUACCUGCCAGCUUACUCACAAGCACGCAUCACAGCGAGAAAAGUAUACAUCAACGAUAUCACACUUCAGACAAUAAUAUUAUGGCCGCCAAGCUUUCAUACUGCCACGUCGUCGCGGUUUUCGUCCUGGCUGCGUGCGCCGUAGCCUCUGCGUCUCCGUUCCAGCUGCACAAUAACGAGUACCACCCGCAGCAGGAGCACUACGACUCGUCGACCGCGGAGCAUAGCGAGACUGUGGGCGACAGCUCACACAAGCAUGGGUCGACGUAUCACUUUCAGUACGCGGUGCACGACCCGCUGACCGGCGAUGAGAAGAGCCAGAAUGAGGUGGGUGACGGGCACGGGUCGGUCAAGGGCACAUACAGCCUGGUCGAACCGGACGGCUCCACCCGGGUGGUCGAGUACACGGCCGACGACGAGCACGGUUUUAGGGCCGAGGUGAAGAGGAUCGAACCGGUGCACCAUCAACAACACGACCAGUCGCCGUCCGUCGCCGCCCCGUCGUACAAGUUCGACUUUGCCGCCGCAGCCCCGAAACAGGUUGAUUACGAACUGCAACAGUCGUUACACUACAACUACCCUUUGCAAGAACACCAACCCGAACUCCAUCAACUAUCGUCAUCGCACCGUUGAAGUCUUUCACUAUGCCGUCAAUCGUCGUCUCCUACGUUAUUGUUUCACAUAUUAUUAUUGUUAUUAUUUCACAUGCCACGCGACUGCGGUAUAAUAAAUGCGUGACGAGUUCGCAUAUUAUACCACCUCUAUAUUAUAUAAUAUACGUUAUACGUUAAGUACUUAAGUCAUAUGUACUCGGACUUGGAAAUACAUAAUAUGUCUCCCCUUCAGGACAUAUCCUGUUUUGUACAGUUCAGACGUAUCCCAAAUACAUAAAAAAAUAGUUUGUUAUAA